UGAAAGAGAGAGUGAUUGAUCAACAAACUUCUGUCUUCGUCUACUCUUCAAGGGUACCAAUCAAACUACAUUCUGGUCAACAACUGUUCUUUUCUUUCAUCUUCCGUUUUCCUGGUUAGCGAAUCUUACAUUCCAUUCACUUUCUUGAUUUGGGUUUGCGUUUUUACCCACUUUUUUUGUGUUUCUUGAGUUGGGUUGUUUAGGUUCUUGAUAAAAAGAUUGGAUUCUUUUGGUUCUUUGUUGGGAGUCUCGUUGAUUUGGAGUGUACUUAUUCAGAGACUAAAGGAGUUUCAUUGUUUUUCUGGCCUUGAGAAAUCUUCUUGAUUGAUGAUUGGUUGGUUUUUGUUGAAAUCAUGUGAUCUCUAUGUGGCUAUCUUGGUUCAAAUUAGAAUGCCUUUGGUUUUCAUGUGAUUUUGGUUGGCAUUUUAUAGAAAGUAUUUUGAAUAUUAUUUGAGUUUGUCUUGCAAUGGGAGGAGAUAGAUGUGCCCCCCGAAUUGGGCUUCUUUCUCAGAGAUCCAUGUUUUGCUUUUUCACUUUGGCAUCACUCUUGUUCAUAAUUUCUUGGCUCUCUAUAUUGCGUUCCACCGGUCGACCUAACUUCCUUGAUAGUCCUUUGUUAACCAAUUCCAAGUUUCUUGGCGUGUUUGAUAAUGGGGUCAGGAAUCGAAGUAAUGACAAUGUACCUCGAAAGACAAUCUUAGUGAAAUGUGGUAACAAUAAAGAUAGGCUUAAAGUAUACAUGUAUGAUUUGCCUCCCGUGUUUCAUUUUGCGCUCUUAGGAUGGAAGGGUGAUGGUAAAAGUGUUUGGCCAGAUCUUCGGACUGAAGUUCCUCAUUACCCUGGUGGUUUGAACUCGCAACACAGUAUAGAGUAUUAUCUUACACUUGAUCUCCUGUCUUCAGAGUUUGCCUCUAAUUUAGAUGGACGGAGUGCAAUAAGAGUUCGGAAUUCAAGUGAAGCUGAUGUUAUAUUUGUUCCAUUCUUUUCGUGCAUUAGCUAUAACCGAUUUUCUAGGCUAAAUCCACACCAAAAGGGUACCAAUAACAACUUGCUUCAACAGAAGUUAGUUAAAUAUGUGACAGCUCAAGAGGAGUGGAAGAAGUCGGGGGGCAGAGAUCAUAUAAUUCUUGCACACCAUCCAAACAGCCUAUUAGAUGCAAGGAAUCAGCUGUGGCCUAGCAUGUUCAUCCUUUCAGAUUUUGGAAGAUAUCCACCGAAUAUAGCUAAUGUUGAAAAAGAUAUAAUUGCACCAUACAAACAUGUCAUCAAAAGCUAUGUCAAUGACACCUCCGACUUUGACAGCCGCCCAACUUUACUGUUUUUCCAGGGAGCCAUAUAUAGAAAAGAUGGUGGAAUUAUUCGACAAGAAAUAUAUUACCUUUUAAAGGAGGAAAAGGAUGUGCACUUCUCAUUUGGUACUGUACAAAAAGAUGGGAUAGGCACAGCUACAAAUGGAAUGCAUUCAUCUAAAUUUUGCCUCAAUAUAGCGGGUGACACCCCUUCAUCAAACCGCUUAUUUGAUGCUAUAGCUAGCCACUGUGUUCCUGUUAUCAUCAGCAAUGAAAUUGAACUUCCUUAUGAAGAUGUUCUUGACUACUCAGAGUUCUGCAUAUUUGUUCGUAAUUCAGAUGCUGUCAAAGAAAAUUUUCUCAUAAAUUUAGUUAGGAGCAUAAGUAGAGACGAGUGGACUAGAAUGUGGACAAGGCUUCAGGAGAUUGAGCAUUUGUUUGAGUAUCAAUAUCCAUCACAGAAGGGUGAUGCUGUUCAAAUGAUAUGGCAAGCUGUGGCUCGCAAAGUUCCUGCUAUAAGAUUGAAAGUACACAGAUCUAACCGAUACUCUCGUUUCCAAUCACCUGCUGAGAAACACUGGAUAUCAUUUCCAUUGCCAAGAAAUUUUCCGUAAAGGGCUUGGCAAGUAUUCAGGAACAGUUAGAGGAAAAUGAAGCUGUUUUUUCAGUGUAUCUGAAAAAAGUUCGGAAUUGCAUAUACUUGUAUUUCUUGUAAACAAGCAAUAGAAAGGAAACAAUAUAUACAAGAAACAGAGUUUUCA